ACAAAAUGGAUACUUUCAUGCAAUCCUUGUUCCUAAUUUUCAUUACCUUAAUAGCAUCAAUCUAUGUCUAUGUUUUCCACAAAAAGAAACAAAGUACCAUAAAAAACUUGCCACCUGGUACUUUUGGUUGGCCUAUAGUUGGUGAUGAAACAUACCAAUUUUUGUUCCAAAAAAUUGAAACUUUUCUUCAAGAGAGAACAAAAAAGUACUCAUCAGAGAUUUUCAAAACAAAACUAUUUGGAGAAUCAACAGUGGUUAUGUUUGGUCCUGCUGCAAACAAAUUCAUCUCAAUGAAUGAACAAAAACUUGUCAAAGUUUGGUACUUAAAAUCUCAGUGCAAGUUAUUCAAUCUUCCUGAUCAAAAUCAGACACAAGAAGCUAUGCAAAAGCAAGUAGUUGUAGCUUCUGCUCCAGUGAAAAUGUUGGGAUUUCUUAAGCCUGAAGGAAUAGUAAGGUACAUGAGAAACAACAACAUUGAAUCAAUCAUACACAAACAUUUUAUGACACAUUGGGAAGGAAAAACAGAACUAAAAGUGUAUCCUUUGGUGAAAUCUUUUACAAUUUCAUUAGCCUUUCAGUUUUUCUUAGGAAUUGAUGAAUCUAAUUAUGUAGCUAAAUUUGCAACAAAGUUUGAGGAUUUGUAUUAUGGUAUUUAUUCAGUUCCUGUGAAUUUUCCUGGCUCUACAUAUCAUAAAGCAAUGAAGGGUGCAUCUGAAAUUAGGGAAGAGAUUCAGCUUUUGAUUAAUGACAAGAUUGAUGGUUUGUCUAAGGGGAAAAUUAUGGAUGAUUUAUUAGCACAUAUUGUUGAUGCUGAGAAAAGUGGAAAAUAUGUGCCUAAAAUUGAAAUAAGUAAUAUCAUCAUGGGGUUGAUCAAUUCUAGCUAUAUCUCAAUAGCUGUCACUUUGGCUUUCAUGAUCAAACACAUUGGAAUGAGACCUUAUAUCUACCAAAGAAUCUUAUCAGAGCAUGCUGAUAUUGUAAGAUCAAAAGGAUAUGGUACAGUGCUAGAUUGGGAGAGCAUACAGAAGCUAAAAUAUACAUGGGCUGUUGCACAGGAGACCAUGCGACUCUACCCAGCAGCACCAGGAGCAUUCAGAGAGGCUAAAACAGAUAUCACCUAUGAAGGUUUUAUCAUUCCAAAGGGAUGGAAGAUAUUUUGGGCAUUUAUUGGAACAAAUAAGAAUCACAAGUACUUUGAGGAACCUCAAAGUUUUGAUCCAUCAAGGUUUGAAGGGAAUGUUCCAGCACCGUACACUUAUAUACCCUAUGGAGCAGGACCAAGAUGUUGUCCUGGAAAGGACUACACCAGAUUUGUGAUUCUCACUUUCAUUCACAAUCUUAUAACAAAGUUCAAAUGGGAAGUUAUACUUCCUGAUGAGAAAGUAUCUGGUGCUUUGGUGCCUAUCCCAGCUGAGGGAGUUCCUAUCCGUCUUCAUCGCUUGUAAAUUGCCAUCUGAACAUAGUGUUUUGAUUCUACCGUGACAAAAAUAAACAUGACACAAGUGGGAAAAAAUGUCAAAGUGAUUGUGUUGUGAUAUGUAAGGUAAUGAAAUGAAUUCAACCCUUGUACAUCGUAUCGAGUCAGAGGUCUAAUUCUAUUACAGAUGAAUGUAUAUAUAUAUAUAUAUAUAGAUAUAUGUUUUACAGUGGAAGAAAAAAUGUAAUGUUAAGGGUGUGUUUGGUGUACACAUGCAUGUAGUAAAAAUAAAAGUUACAAUGGAUAAA